CUUAACAAACUGCAGUUCCCAUGAUUCUCUGGGCAAAACCAUGGCUAUUUAAAGUGGUAUGAUACUACUUUGAUGGUCUGGUAUGGUCGUGGCCUUAGUCAUUCCCCCAUCUCCCCAAUUUUCCUCUCAUAAUCUGACACCCUAAACUGUAGUUUACUUAACUUGUGCAUAAAUCGGCACCACCUGGAAAUAUUCAUUCAGGGACCGUAAAGUAAGAAAUGAACUGAGGGUUGAGCCCAAAAUGAAAUAACUUUUUACACAGGGGCAACCAUUUCAGAAAUGUCCUGAAAUGUCUAUCCAGCGACCUAAAAUUUAAAUAUGACCUUGGAGUCAAGCCAAAAUCAAAACAAAUAUGUACUUGCACUUCGGACCCCUAAACCAAGAGACUUCCCAGUCCACAAUUCAUUAGCAAACCAGCCGUGGUGCUUUUAAGAAGAUGGCAAUCAGCUUCUUCACCCUUGCUGCCUGUCUCCUAGGAUGCCUCCUCUACGCUGAAUGUGAAGUUUUCGUUGACAAGAAUGAGGCAAAUGCUCUAUUGCACCGACAUAAGAGGCACAAUACUGGCUUACUGGAAGAAAUUCUGCAAGGAAACCUUGAGCGUGAAUGUAUUGAGGAAGUAUGUGAUUAUGAGGAAGCAAGAGAAGUCUUUGAAGACGACUUGCAAACGAUCACAUUUUGGAAUACAUACGCUUACGGUGGCGAGGGAUGCAAGUCAAGGCCAUGCAAGAAUGGUGGAACAUGUCAAUGCAAACCCAAUGACUACCAAUGUCUGUGCCUAGAUGGAUAUGAAGGAAGGAACUGUGAGAUUGACCUUACAUGCUCAGCGAAGAAUGGAGGUUGCAAGCAGAUAUGUGAGAAUGGCCCUACAGGGAAGGCAGUCUGUUCCUGUGCUCCUGGGUACAGACUGAUGGAAGACCAGAAGAGCUGUGAACCAACAGUGCCCUUUCCAUGCGGGAGGAUUGGAGCCCCAGAGGCAGCGAAGAACAGAAGCAGCAAUGCUACCAGUGACCCCAGGGACGUGUCUGUCAAUAAAGCCCAGAUUGCUCUUGUGGAACCAACACCUCCCAGGCCAAUCAGCACAAACAGCAAGAAGGGGGAAGUUCCAUGGCAGGUUUAUAUGCUCAGCUACGAGAGAAAAGAACUGUGUGGAGGCACAAUCAUCAAUGAGAAGUGGAUUGCCACCGCAGCACACUGCAUCGAGUAUGGGCUACACACUGUUGUGGCAGGUGAGCACAAUACGGAUGCUUUCGACCACACUGAACAACAACGUCGGGUGGUGAAGGCAAUUCGCUACCCCGCAUACAACACUACCCACAGGUACCACAAUGACAUUGCACUUCUCGAGCUGGAUUCACCGCUGGAGCUGAACUAUUACGUCACCCCGAUUUGCAUUGCAGGCGAGAAGUUCACAAACAGCCUUCUGCAGCAUGGAUCAGGCACGGUGAGCGGUUGGUGGAGGCCAAAGGACCAACGAAAAAGAGCCAGUGUUCUCCAGGUUCUGAAGGUGCACCGUGUUGACCAGAGCACUUGUCAGAGGGAUGGCGAGUCUACCCUCUUGCCAAACAUGUUCUGUGCUGGUGUCUCUGCCACAGCUAAGAGAACGCACCAGGGAGGCAGUGGCGGCCCUUAUGCCACAGAUGUAGAAGGCACCUGGUUUCUAACAGCCAUAGCCAGCUGCUGGGAAGAAUGUGCAUUGAAGGGCGAUUAUGAUGUCUACACUAAAGUUGCAGACUACAUUCAGUGGAUAAGAAACACAACAAAGCUUGCAUAAUUAAGCCAGGGGCUAGCUGUCUUCAGUUCCUUAAAAUAAUCAUCUCAUGGUAGUGUAAGUUGGGGGGGGAUUAUACUCAUCCUAAGGU